AUGUUGGCGUCACCGGUGCGCCUGCAGCCUGCGCCGUCGGCGGGUCUCUUACGGUUCCUGCGGCACCAGUCAGAGCUUUUGUUUGUGACCGACGACAACAGUAACGGCGGCAGCAACAGCAAGAAACGGCUGUCACGAGUGCCGUCGGCGAGCAGAAAGAACAGCACCACGCACUGUGUCAGUGAGACGGCUGUUCCUGUUCUGCAAGCGUCCCUCAUAGACCUCGACACCCUCAUCCCCAAGACGCUACGCGCACGAUGGCGGCCGGCGACGACGCCCGUUCCACCCAUUCCUCGCAAGCCUUUGAACAAGAUGGCGCUGUUGGCGACACCCUUUUCUACAUCACAACCCGUCCAGGCUUUCCCAUGGCGGCGUUCCGACAAACGACAGAAGCGGGCCGUUGGAUCGCCAGUGGCCCGUGCCUCGUGGUACGACCGGGCCAUGGACUGGCACUGGGCCUGGCAUUGGCGCAACAGCGGGCCAAGAGAUUGCGCGGACACACAGGUGGGCGGGAGCGCAGGCGGCCGCCGGAGUUCUCUGCUGCCGGGUGACUUGCCCGACCACGGUGCCGGGGCCGAGUUUGCGUCGGUCAUGUUCAAUGCGCGGCGGCUGCAGACGGCCAAGGCCGCUUUGGAGCCGCGGCUGCGGUGCACGGAGGUGGACGAGUACGGCGAGGUCAUUCUCGUGGACGGCGAGUUCAAGAAGACGGAGCUGAUUGCCAAGUACGGGCUGCUGCCGCGGGAUCUGCGCAAGAUCGACUCGUCGAACCUGCCGCACAUUCUCGUGCGCCCGGCCGCCAUCCUGCUCAACCUGCUGCACCUCAAGGUCCUCAUCAAGGCCGACCGCGUGCUGCUGUUUGAUGUCUACGGCUCCAAGACGUCGUACCCGCAGUCGGCCUUCAUGUACGACCUGCAGGGUCGGCUGCAGCAGAAACAGGCACCGGGUGCGGCGGGCGGGCUGCCGUACGAGUUCCGGGCGCUGGAGGCCGUGCUGCUGUCUGUGACCUCGGAGCUGGAAGCCGACUUUGACACGGUGCGCGAGCCCAUCCUGCGUAUUCUGAGCGAGCUCGAGGCCGACAUUACGCGCGACAAGCUGCGCGUGCUGUUGGUGUUGUCGAAAAAGGUCAGCACGUUUGAGCAAAAGGCCAAGCUGGUGCGCGAUGCCAUCGAAGAGCUGCUCGAGGCCGACGACGAUCUGGCCGCCAUGUACCUGACGGAGAAGAAGCACGACCUGUUCCGGGGCGAGGACGACCACACGGAGGUAGAGAUGCUGCUGGAGUCGUACCACAAGAUCUGCGAUGAAGUGGCGCAAGAGGCCGGCAGCCUGGUCUCGAGCAUCCGAAACACCGAAGAGAUUGUCCGUGCCAUUCUUGAUGCCAACCGCAACGCCCUGAUGCUGCUCGAUCUCAAGUUCAGCAUCGGCACACUCGGCCUCGCCAUGGGUACCUUCCUUGCGGGACUCUACGGCAUGAACCUCGAGAACUUUAUCGAGGAGACCAACUGGGGCUUCGGCUCCGUCACCGGCAUCUCGUUUGCCUUUUCGCUGCUCGUCUGCUGGUAUGGCCUUGUGAAGCUGCGCAAGGUGCAGCGCGUCAAGAUGCACGGACCCUCCACCGCCAGCGGCAGUGGAGGCGCCGCCAUGACCACAGCCGACUGGGCCAAUUCGUUUGCAGCCCUGCCACCCGGCGUCACGUCCGCAGGCUUCGCUAAUGCGCCGUUGGACGCCCGGAGCCGCGAGCGGUUGCGGCGCCUGGGCAUGGUUCGCGAGGUGUUGAUGCGGAAGAAGUACUAUUAG